UUAGAGAGAGCGCACCGACUGCGCGUGACUCCAUGGAGCCGGGUCGGCAGAGCUCGCGCGCAUAAACCGGCACACGCACUCUCUCACACACACACAAACACGCACCCACAUACGCACGCAGACGGUCAUGCAGUAUCCGCACGCGGUCCGUCCCGCGCCGCUCUACGCGCCCACUCCGCUGCAGCCCGCGCACCCGACGCCCUUCUACAUCGAUGAUAUCCUGGGCAGAAGCCCCGCGCCUCCCGCCGCCGCGCCUCCUCCCGCGCUGCCCUCUCCUCACUCCUCCUUCACGGCCGUCCACGCGCCGCCGCAGUUGCAUCCGCCUCCGCCGCCCUCCGCCUACAGGAGCCCCGCGUGCACCGACCCGGCGCUCGCGCACCACGCCGCGCUCGCCGCCGCCGCCGCAGCAGCCGCGCUCGGGGGCGCGCUCUACCCACUGCACGCGCACGCUCUCAUCAGGCACGAGCCGCUGGCGAAGCCCCUCCUGUGGAGUCCGUUCCUGCAGCGUCCUGUCCACAAGAGGAAAGGAGGGCAGGUGCGCUUCUCCAACGAGCAAACCAUCGAGCUGGAGAAGAAGUUUGAAACGCAGAAGUACCUGAGCCCCCCUGAGAGGAAACGACUGGCCAAGAUGCUACAGCUCAGCGAGAGACAGGUAAAGACGUGGUUCCAGAACCGCAGAGCAAAAUGGAGGCGCCUCAAACAGGAGAACCCUCAGGUCAGUAAGCGGGAUCUGGAGGACGGGAUCUCCACAGAGAGGAGCAGUGAACUGUCUCAUGCAGAAAUCCACUCAGACUCUUCUCACGAGUCCGACCAAGAGCUGGACGUGGAGGACCACUCUGAACUCUCACCGGACCCUCACUUAUCACUCUGAACUCUCUGACACUGCAUACAACACUGUAAAUACUGUAUAAUUGUAUAUUUGUCUUCACGUGUAGAAGAUCGAGUUGCUCUGUCUUUUUAAAAUAAGUUAAUGAACGUCUACAUUUUUGAUUGAAGCCGCAGAGAAUGUAGCCCAAACACAACGGACAUUUGAUUCUGUUGAUUACCGUGUAUCUUUGUGUAACUUCAUGGCCGCAAUGCGUGAAGUCAUUACGGUCUUAAAGAUGGAAUGUAAAUAUUUUGUGUAGGUCAAUAAACAGUAUCUUGCAUUAGUA